AUGAAGAGGGUAUUUAGAAUAUCUGAGAUUACAGCAGCAAAAUCGGAGCUGUUGUGUUGCCACCGUAGAUUUUCUGUACCCAAAUCCCUAACGAAUCAAACUACAAUACCCACGUCGACCCGAUGGUUUUCUACGGAAGAAUCCCACUCUUUAUCAUCCAAAACCAUGUCAGAUUUAUAUGGACAGUUUGCUGAUAAAUGGGCUUACGCUGAGGUGCGAGCUAAAGAAGAAUUGAUUGAAAAAGUGUCUGUAUUCCGAGAUGAAUUGGUGAAGAAUGUGAAAGAUGAAAAUUCAUUUGAAAAUUUGUUGGAAGUUAAGGGGUGGAAGUUAUUCACGAUGUAUUCUAAUGGAGCUGCUUUGCUUGAGCUUCUCAGGUUAUUGGAGUCUAAUCCUCAUUUGGCUAUGAAGGUUUUUAAUUGGAGAAGGGAACGAGAAGAUAGACCCAUGUCAUCAGAAGAGUAUGCAAAAGGCAUCAAAAUAGCAGGCAGAAUGAAAAAUGUCGAUCUUGCCCUUGAAAUUUUCGCAGAAGCUACAACAAAACGGAUCAAAACCACCUCUACUUACAACGCCCUCAUGGGUGUUUACAUGUGGAAUGGCCUAAGUGAAAAAUGUCAAUUAGUUUAUCACGAUUUAAAGCAAGAUACGAUUUGUCAUCCCACAUCAGCUACAUUCAACAUGCUCAUAUCCAUUUUUGGGUAUCGAGUUCUCAUAGAUCAAAUGGAGGCCGUGUUCCAAGAAAUGAAAGAUUCCAAUAUUGCCCCUACUUUGACCACAUAUAAUAAUCUGAUCGCGGGUUAUCUAACCGCAUGGAUGUGGGAAAGUAUGGAGAAUACAUACCGAAUGUUGGAAACCGGGUCGAUCCGACCCGAUCUCGAAACCCGCUUGCUAAUGCUCCGUGGGUAUGCGCAUUCGGGUAAUUUGGAGAAAAUGGAAGAGAUGUAUAAUAUAAUCGGGGGCCCACACAUUCGGGAAAAACAUAUUCCUUUGAUACGAGCUAUGAUAUGUGCAUACUGCAAAAGCAGUAAUAGGAAUCGAGUCAAAAGAAUCGAGGAGCUUAUGAAGAUGAUUCCGGAAAACGAAUAUAGACCAUGGUUGAAUGUUUUGAUUAUACGGGUUUAUGCACAAGAGGAUUUGGUUGACCAAAUGGAUCGGUCAAUAGACGAGGCAUUUGACCGUAACACAAGUGUGAACGCGGUCAAAAUCAUGCAGACUAUCGCAGCGACUUAUAUACGGAAUAACGCGGUUGAAAAUCUGGCGAGGUUUGUGAAACGGGCCGGGGAUUCGGGGUGGAGAAUCUGCCGCUCGCUGUUCCAUGGGUUAUUGUGGAUGUUCGCUUCACAUAAGCGGAUAGAGGAAAUGGAGGAGGUUCUUGUUGAGAUGGAGAGGUUUAAUUAUGGUUGCUCUAAAAGGACUUUUGUUAUAUUGUAUAAGGCUUAUUCCGAGCAAGAGGAAGAUGAAGGGUAUAAACGUAAAUUACAUAGGGUGUUAGGGUUGAUGUGCAAGCAUGGGUAUGGAGUUCCAUCGUGACAACGGAUAAUUUUGACAUUAAUGUAGCAUAUGAAAAAGAAGCCAUUAAGUGAUUUCAUAUUGGUAUUGUUUAAUUUUCUUACUUUUCAUUUAUAAAACUCCUUUUGGAUAAAGUAUAAAGUGUUGUCCGGAUAAACGAUGUUUAAAAUUAUUCAAGAAAAAUGUGGCACACUUAGGGAAAUUUAGGAGAAGAGUAGAUAUGUCAAAUAUGUAAAAAGCUCACUUCCUUUGAUUUUUCUAUUCUUUAAUAAGUCGUUUGUGAAAUAGUCAUGUAUUGUCUAACAGAGUAAGGUACCUUUCAACUGCACGGUUUUAGAUAUUCAUUGGUGAAUAUGAACACCAAACUCACCACAGGUUUUUCAAAAUUCUUUGGUCUCAUAUCUUUUGGGCUUAUUAGCAUCAUUGUCAUUAUACAUGUUAGAAAUCAAACAUUAGCAUUGCACUGUAGAAGUAAAGCAUAGGAG